UACCCUAAAGGUGACUCUCAUUUUUGUCCGCACCACCAACUUUUCAGCUAUCUGUCGAUACUAUUUUCCUGACAAUUUUACAGACGUAUAUACGCGUUUUACAAGAUAUCACGAAUAUACAAGGCCAGUUUAUACUAUAUUUAUUACAUUCGACAUGUCGUGGAUCACCAAACCAAUAAAACGGCCACCACCUGGACUGAGGGAAUUCGAGGCGUACGACCAUUUCCGUUUCGACUACAGGAGUAUUAAUGAAAACACUCUAUCACUAUUUCACCCUGUACGAGCCAGGUACAUCAAAGACCGUUACGACGAAUCCCUUACAGACGCAGAGACGAUCAUUUUUAGAGGGUGUUUGGGAUCUGCAGACACUCACAGCGCCGUGGCUCAUGCCCUAUGGAUGUUCCGUGUGACAAGGGAGUUUGGCCCCGUGUUAGCCAAGGAUUUUGCUGAUGCUUAUGAGUUGACCAUCCGACCACGCGAAGAGUUCGCCGGUCGUCUAAUGGAUCUAUCAACAACUGGGUGGGAAGGGUUUUGGCAUCUGACGACACAUUCUGGAUCGCGAUGGCGUCGAAGUGAUAGAGAGGGCAUUGAAACAAGGAAUGUUACAGACGGCGCCGGAUCCAAAGUACACAAAGGAAAACAUACAGUCGGAAUUAGAUAGAAUAAGAAGUAAAAUUAUUUGUUAAAAUACAUUAAUUGUAAGUAAUGGGUAUUUAUACGCCACAGUGCACAUAGCUGCAAACCAAUACAAUCGUACAUUAGUUUCACGUCACCAUCGAGCUGUUUAUGUUGUAAGAAUCCUGGUAUCGAAAUCUCUCAAUACUGAUUAUUAUAAUAACUGACUGUGUUGAGAACUGUAUAUAGAUGUACAUAUAUCAAGUAAUACAGAGUACUGUGUUAUACAUAGGUUUAUCUAACAAUAACAUAUUGUUUUGUCUUGUAUGUUUCAAUGUCAACGUGACACUCCGCCGUUCUAUUUAAACACUGUGAUGACAUACAAACGAAUUCGAAGUCAAUCCAAAGACAUUAAUGUAGUUAUUGUGAAUAAAUGUUAUAUUAUUAAAGACA